CACUCCCCACCCAUUCUCCAGCUAUCAUCACGGUCCAAAGGAAGGAAAGAAGAAAGCGUGGCAUGACUCCAGGUGGGCGCAAGGAAACUUGUCCUCCCACCCCAAAGAACAAAGCAAGAUAAUUAAAGAGCAGGAAACAAGAAGAAGAACAGAGCAAUCUAAGGGAGAUCCAGGAGGUGAUCCGAGAUGCACGCCAAGACGGACUCCGAGGUGACCAGCAUCGCCCCGUCCUCUCCGACGAGAUCCCCCGGCCGGCGGCCCGUCUACUACGUCCAGAGCCCGUCGCGGGACUCGCACGAUGGGGAGAAGACGACCACGUCCUUGCACUCCACUCCAGUCCUCAGCCCCAUGGGCUCCCCACCCCACUCCCACUCCUCCGUGGGUCGCCAUUCCCGAGAGUCUUCCUCCAGCCGCUUCUCGGGCUCGCUGAAGCCAGGGUCCAGGAAGGUCUCCCCUAACGAUGGAUCCAGAAGGGGUGGCCGCCACAAAACCUGGAAGGAAUGCGCCGUCAUCGAGGAGGAAGGCCUCCUGGAGGACGACGAGGACGCCAAGGGUCUCCCACGUCGCUGCUACGUUCUCUUCUUCAUCUUGGCUUUCUUUGUCCUCUUCUCUUUCUUCGCUCUAAUUCUUUGGGGUGCAAGUCGGAAUCAGAAGCCCGAAAUCACCAUGAAGAGUAUUACGUUCGAGAAUUUCUUCAUCCAAGCCGGCACCGAUGCCUCGUUCGUGCCCACGGACAUGUCGACGCUGAACGCCACGGUUCAAAUGACAUUCAGGAACACCGGUACCUUCUUCGGAGUCCAUGUAUCAUCGACGCCGCUGGAUCUCAGCUACUACCAACUCACACUGGCCAGUGGAAAUAUAAACAACUUCUACCAACGUAGGAAGAGCCAGAGGAACCUCCAUGUGGUGGUGAUGGGCAGCCAAGUCCCUCUCUAUGGUGGUGGGGCGAGUCUUAGCGGCACCCCGGCCGGGAAAACCAACAACCAGCCCGUGCCACUGACGCUUGGCUUCAGGGUGAGAUCGAGAGCCUAUGUGUUGGGGAAAUUGGUCAAGCCCAAGUUCUACACCAACGUUCAGUGCUCGGUUGUGAUGGACGUGACCAAGCUCGGCAAACCCGUCUCUCUCAAGAAAGCUUGCCAAUACAAUUAAAGGAAAGAGAUAAAUAGGGAUAGAGGCAGAUAUAUGUGGAGGAAAAAGGAGAUCAGAGUUGAUUCCCUCAUGUUAUUCAUUUUUCUUUGGUCUUAUAAUCCCAUCUCUCUCUCUUAGGGCAGGACUAGCGGAUGAGAUAAUAAAGUGUGUUAUUUUUCUCCUACAUAGGUUUCGUGGACUUUAUAUAUGUAUAGAAUUGUAUUCAAGGGAUAGUUUUUUUACUUCCAGCAUAAUUUGAGGUGUGGCCAGUUGGGCAGUCACAUGGGGUGUCACUGUGAAAGGAAUUGUUUUUUUGGUGGUACAUUUGUAAUCAUAUUUAGAGCACACAGUGAAAAAAUGAUGUAAUGAUGGUAAUUAAUGGAGUAAAUUUCAUAUAAGCA